AUGAAUACGGCCGCACGGUAUCUGUAUCUCGUCCUGGGUGUUAUCGGUUUCCAUUAUAUACUGGCUUUCAUGCACCAUGAGUAUGGCCGUAUAACCUCACUCAAUAACAUCGCGUCACAUUUUCGCGGCGAGACUAUUCAAACGCCAACCUUCGUAGACCGGAAUCUAGUCCCACUAGAAUACUACGCGCCAUCAGACCCCUCAAACGAAACCGCACCAGGACGACGUGCCAACGCCGCAUUCGUUGUCCUCUGUCGAAACAGUGACCUCACAAGGAUAAUCGGAAGUAUCCGCGAGAUCGAAGAUCGAUUCAAUCGACGGUAUAACUACCCUUACGUUCUGCUGAAUGAAGUAGAAUUUAAUGAUGAUUUUAAAAAACGAGUCUCUGUGCUUACUUCUGCGAAGAUGGUGUUUGGAUUGAUACCUCAUGACCAUUGGUACCAACCGGACUGGAUAGAUGAGGAUAAAGCGACAGAAGCACGUAAAAAGAUGGUGUCACAGAGCGUCAUCUAUGGCGGCAGCAAAUCCUACCGGAAUAUGUGCCGUUUCAAUUCAGGUUUCUUCUUUAGGCAUGAUCUUGUAAAAAAGUAUCGUUGGUAUUGGAGAAUCGAACCUAACGUUCAUUUCCACUGUGAUAUCAAUUUCGAUCCCUUUGUGUAUAUGGAGGAUCACAAAAAGAUAUACGCGUUCACAAUUGCGAUGUACGAAUACAAAAAGACGAUACCCACUCUAUGGAAACACGUCAAGGAUUUCAUCAAUUUGCGCCCCGAUUUUGUCGCCAAGAACAAUGCGCUAGAUUUCCUCUCGGAUGACGGCGGUGCGACGUAUAAUUUAUGCCACUUCUGGAGCAACUUUGAAAUAGCAGAUAUGGACUUUUGGCGAGGGCCGGCCUACACGGCGUUCUUCGAUUAUCUUGAGUCCCAGGGUGGGUUUUACUAUGAGCGGUGGGGCGAUGCACCGGUGCACAGUAUAGCCACCGCUUUGUUUGCGAACAAGGAUCAGAUUCAGUUCUUUGACGAGAUUGGAUAUGAGCAUUUCCCAUACACGCAUUGCCCCAGGGAUGAAGAAACAUGGAGGCGGGGUAUGUGCACAUGUGAAAGGGAGCAGAGUUUUGAUCAUGAUGGGUAUUCCUGUAUGGACAAAUGGGAGAAGGCUAUAGGGAGGUGA